GAACGUGUCAUUAAAAUCCGAGCGUGACAACUGGAAACGCAGGCAAGGAAUGCUAAAGAGAAAUUAAACAACUUCAUGAAAGAAUCUGAACACCAGAUCCUUAUUCUGAAGCAUAAAAAGGAAUUAAUAUCAGAAGCUGAGAAGCAAGCUCGUGGCAUGGUUGAUAGUUUAUCUGAGAAGCUCCGCUACUUGCAGGUUGCAGAGGAGAAGAGGGUUGCAGAGAUGAAAAGGCAGGAAGAAUUUAUACUCAUGCUUAAGAAUGAAUAUGCAAAGGCUGUGAGAGAGGUACAAGAAGAGAAGGAAUAUACGAGAAAGCUGAGAAAGGAGCGUGAUCAGGCCACUCAAUUAAGCAUGAAACUGGCUGAAGAAACUGGCCAAAAGCUACUCACUGCACUUGAUGCUGUUGCUGCAAUUGAAACUAGAUUUGCUUCUCCCUCUCCCUCUCCUUCUCCUUCUCCUCAGGUUUCUCGAACAAACACUAUGGACAGAAACCCCAUCUUCCUUAAUGAGCAGGCAUGUGCAAUAUGCUUGACCAAUGACAAGGACAUGGCCUUCGGUUGUGGACACAUGACUUGCAGAGACUGUGGAUCAAGAAUGGCCAAGUGCCCCAUAUGCAGGCAGAAGAUCAAAAGCAGAGUGAAGUUAUUUCAUAGCUGAUUUCUCUCAAAAUCCUCAUGCUCAUCAAUAUAUCAAGAUCCAACAUAUAUGAUUUGCUUUAUUAAAGUCACAUAUAGCGCAGCUUCCCUUCAACUUUGUCCAAUACAAGGGGAGCCAAGUCACAUGAUUUAUCAUAUUAGCCAUCGUGUGAUUUCUAUCACAAGUCAGUAAUAAAUCUUAUGUACAGCUUAAACUAUUUGCUGCAUUAUGUAAAUUUCCUCCCAGACAAGAUUUUUUUUUUGUCUGAGAGGAUAAAUGUGUGUGUAUAUAUUUAAAACUGGUCUCUUUUAAAUUCCAUUUACUUUU